AUGCCACGCGCUGGGGCGCUUCAGAGUGGAGUUACACCUCUUCACCGAGCGGCCGAGGUCAACAGCUGCCAGGUGGCUCAGGUUCUUAUCAACGCGGACGCCAGCGUGAACGUGAGGACAUCAUGGGGCUGGUAUGCCCCCCUGCACUUCGCCCUUAAAAGGCGAGUGAAAAAGGACAUACGCUCCAUUAGACCGCACCCACGCGUGGAAUUCUAA